CUGGCUUCUGUUAUCAUACCCUGUUCUUGUGGCCUUCCCUCAACUCCUCUAUACUCUCUCAAACUUUUUCUUUCUUUCUCUGGAUUCUUUCUUCAGUUCUUCCUUCAAUCUAUCGUUUCCUAACCCUAGUUUGUCCCUAUAUACAAGUAUUUACAUUUGUGUUUUUUGGUUCGAAUCAAUGAGCUUUCAAUUCUGUCUCUUUGAUUCUUUAUUCAAUGCUUAGUUCUUUGGCUUCUGCUCCUUCAAUGUCAGUUUCUGUGGAAUGUGUAAACAUAUGCAAUUUUUGGAAAGGGGACACUAGUGGUAGUAGAAGUAGAUACGACUGUAGUGUUCUCUCUUGUGCGUGGAAGGCUCCUAGGGCUUUGACUGGGUUUCUUGCGAGUACUGCUCAUCCUCACUGUUCAGCCUCCUCGCCGUAUAGACGAACUCGGAGAAGGAAUCGUAUCAAAUGUAGAUGUGAAGCAUCUGAUAUGGGAGGCUGGCACUCCUCAGAAUUUUCUGAGUUUGUAAUUCCAGGAAGACUCUUAAGAUCAAAUCAUGUUACUUGUAGAAAAUGGCGAUUGUGUUGUUCUUCAGCAUCCUAUGAUGAGGUUUCUCCUGAAAGGUUGUGGGAGGAUCUUAAACAUACUAUUUCAUAUCUUCCUCCUAAAGAGUUGGAACUGGUUUGUAAUGCUCUAAACCUAGCUUUUGAGGCACAUGAUGGUCAAAAAAGACGGAGUGGAGAGCCCUUUAUCAUUCAUCCCGUUGAAGUUGCUCAAAUUCUAGGAGAGCUGGAGUUGGAUUGGGAGUCAAUCGCUGCUGGUUUAUUACAUGAUACAGUUGAGGAUACAGAUGUUACUUUUGAAAGAAUAGAGAAGGAAUUUGGUCCUGCGGUGCGCCACAUUGUAGAAGGAGAGACUAAGGUGUCCAAACUGGGAAAACUCAAGUGUAAGAAUGAAAAUCAUUCAGUAGAAGAUGUGAAAGCAGAUGAUCUACGGCAGAUGUUUCUAGCCAUGACUGAGGAGGUCCGUGUUAUCAUUGUCAAAUUAGCUGACAGAUUGCAUAAUAUGCGCACUCUUUCACACAUGCCUCCACAUAAGCAGUCCAGCAUUGCAAUGGAAACACUGCAAGUCUUUGCUCCUCUAGCAAAACUUCUAGGGAUGUACCAAAUUAAGUCUGAACUUGAAAACUUAUCCUUCAUGUACACAAAUGCUCAAGAUUAUGCUGAAGUCAAGAGAAGGGUUGCAGAUCUCUAUAAGGAACAUGAGAAGGAACUCAUACAGGCACACAAAAUUUUGAUGAAGAAGAUUGAGGAUGAUCAGUUCUUAGACCUUAUGACUGUAAAAACUGAAGUUCAAUCUGGAUGUAAGGAUCCUUACAGUAUAUACAAAGCUGUACUUAAAUCUGAAGGUUCAAUAAAUGAAGUCAACCAAAUUGCGCAGCUUCGGAUCAUUAUAAAACCAAAGCCUUGCAUUGGAGUUAGGCCUUUGUGCAAUGCACAACAGGUCUGUUACCAUGUUCUUGGGCUAGUGCAUGGAAUUUGGACCCCUAUUCCUCGAUUUAUGAAAGAUUAUAUUGCAACUCCAAAACCUAACGGUUAUCAGAGUCUUCAUACAACCGUAAUUCCAUUUCUUUAUGAGAGCAUGUUUCGGCUGGAAGUACAGAUUAGAACUGAAGAGAUGGAUCUGAUAGCUGACAGAGGCAUUGCCACACAUUAUUGUGGCAAAGGUUUUGUUACUGGUUUAGUAGGACAUGCAAUGCUUAAUGAUAGAAGUUCAAGAGGGAAACCAGUCUCUCUCAAUAAUGCUAACAUUGCCCUCAGGAUUGGUUGGCUUAAUGCAAUUAACGAAUGGCAAGAGGAAUUUGUUGGAAACAUGAGUUCUAGAGAAUUUGUAGACACUAUCACCAGAGAUCUUUUAGGUAGCCGUGUCUUCAUAUUUACACCAAAGGGAGAGAUUAAAAAUCUACCCAAGGGGGCAACUGUCAUUGAUUAUGCUUAUAUGAUACACACUGAAAUUGGUAACAAAAUGGUGGCUGCAAAGGUUAAUGGCAAUCUUGUUUCUCCCUCGCACAUACUUGCAAAUGCUGAAGUUGUGGAGGUAAUAACCUAUAAGGGACUCUCAAACAAAUCAGCAUUCCAGAGACAUAAGCAGUGGUUGCAACAUGCAAAAACACGCAGUGCCAAACACAAAAUUAUGAAAUGUUUGAGAGAGCAAGCUGCAUUAUUGGGGACUGAAUUAACAACUGAGACAGUAAAUGAAGACGAUAGUGAAAUAGAAGAGUGCUCAGAUUAUUCUAAAGGAAACAAACACACCUGGGAGAAGAUCCUCAAGAAUGUUAUGGAAAUGUCAUCUUCAAAGAUAAAUGGCAACGAUAUUUUCCAACUCCAACAUGGUAGCAUCCAGGUCCCCAAGGUCAAUGGGAAACAUAACAAGAAUAUGCAGGAUAUGGGUUUGAAGACCAAAGGAGAGAUGUUAUCGCAGGGAAAUGGUGUUGCUAAGAUGAUACUUACUAAUAUUCCCACAUUCAAUGAAGUUUUGCCUGGUCUGCAGAGCUGGCAUGCUGGCAAGGUUGCAUCUUGGCACAACCUUGAAGGGCACUCUAUCCAGUGGUUCUGUGUAGUAUGUAUGGAUCAAAGAGGUAUGAUGGCUGAUAUCACAACAGUAUUGGCAGACGUAGGUGUUACGAUAUGUGCUUGUGCGGCAGAGAUGGAUAGAGGAAGAGGUAUAGCAGUCAUGUUAUUUCAUGUUGAAGGAAGUCUAGACAGUUUGGUUAGUGCCUGUUCACGGUUGGAUCUAAUCUUUGGUGUUUUGGGAUGGUCCACGGGAUGCAGCUGGCCUAGCUUGAUUGAAAACCAACAGUUUCUAGAAUGCUAAUCAUUUAGUGCUUCUGGCAACUGAGUCAGUCAAUAACCCUGCUAGUGGAGGCUUGGGUUGAAGUUUUGUUGUCUGAAAAAUACAUACGUCUGGGUUUGAAUUAGAUUUUUAGCUACUAGUUCCAUUAAGUUUCUCAACUAUUUGUUGGGAAAGUAAUGAAAUAAAUAAGCACAGCCCAAUUUGAGCACGUCUCUGGAGUGAGGGAGGGGAUUGUAUACAGAGAGAUGCGUAAAGAGUGAAGUAUACAUGUAAAGAUACUUGCAAGAAGAUAAGAGUAAAGCAUUUUUAUCCGAAAGGUUUACAUAACUUAUCUGCAUGUACGCUCUUUCUGUCCUUUUUCUUUGGAUAAAUUACACUAACCUCACUUAUAGUUUGAAGAAA